AUGCCUCUAAGACGCGAAACCCCAGGUUCAACAGGUCAACGCUCGCGAACUCCAACCCCAUCUGAGACCACCACUCCGACCGAAGACCCUCCAUCCCCCGAAGGAGAUCAGCAACAAGCUCAACCAGGACAAGCUACCGCUGCUGGUACAGCGGCAUCGUCGCCCUCUCCCUCGAUCCCUAUUGAACAAAUCCCGAUUGCCGCUCCAACUACCCCAGCCGGCUCCUCGUCGUCGACCACUGCUGCCACACCUACCAUUGACUCGCGCCUCCCUACUCGAAACCCGUUCAUUCCGUCGUCCACCCGACGGAGCCAUCGUCUGAUACUGAGAAAUGCCGAGACUCCCGAUGCAACGGUGCCUCAAUCGCCUCCAGCCACUACCUCCAGUGGUGGUGAUUUGUCAACAGCUGCUACUGUUGCGCUGCAGUUCCCCUCGUUGCCUCCUCCUCCGCCACCUACUCCGACCACCGUGACCACUACCAGAAGUCGUGGUCGAGGACGGGUGAUGUUUGAGCAGCUCAUGGCACUCAACUCUGCGAACGCCAUCAUUGCAGCCCAGGCCGCUGCUCACCAACCCGAAUCUGAGGUUGGGUCUGGAUUUGGAUCAAACAUUGAUGCUUCCAACCCAUCUCGUCCGACAAGAUCCUCAACUUCUGGUCCUGGUACGUCUGUCACAAUCACAGGCCAGGAAGCUCAAACCCAAGCGGAGGCUGGGGCAGAGGCCAAUUUGAGUUCAUUCCCCAGACCCCGACCCAACGACAACGUUGUCCUCAACCUCGACCGAGGUGCUCCUACUCGAUCACUUCGACUCCAUCCACUCAGAAUGACUGGCGUUAGAGCGGCUGAAACUGGGGCUGGUAUUGCAGCCAUCGUGGCUCAGAAUGAGGCUCGCCGUCGAGCCAGGAAUAAUGCUCCCCUGGGUCCUGGAGCGCAAUGGUUGUUGGAAGCUGGUCCCGCGGCGCCUUCUACGAGACGACGGACCAGGUCUGCAUCUGCUGCUGCAGCUGUUGCUGCAGUUAAUGUGGUGGUGAAUGGUGGCGCUGCCACGGGCGGCAGGUCUGAGAACGAGGCUCUCAACCUUGGAGGGAAUGGGUCAACACGUCAGCAGUCAGACCCAUACCCUCGUACGCAGCGUACAGCUCGAGCACGUUCGACCCAAGUCAACAACGGGGGCUCACAGCGCGUCUCUGAAGCCUCGGCCCCAAGGCUUCCUACCUCUCUUCCUUCGACUACUACUACUGGCACCACAGCGGUUGUUACCUCCAUCAGUGAUGGUAUUGCCCAGUCGGCAGGUCCAACUCCGACUCCCUCGAGAGGUGCUGCCCGAGCUGGCACCAAGAGAUCGCGCACUGAGAUGGAAAUGCCUGGCGACAACGACGUUCCCCGGAAUGCUGGUCAUGCUGGAAGUGCAAUCCCUGGUGGUUCUAACCCAGGUGCAGGCCAUUCGAGUUCUGAAGAGAGAGAGGAUGAGGUUAUGGAAUCUGGAGUUGUUCAACUGAUCGGUGGCGAUGGAGAAGCUGGAGGGGUUACUCAAACUGGAGGGGAAGAGGCUGCUCAGGUCGAAGAGGCACCACAGUCUACACAGGCUGGACCAGCCGCUCAAGUUGGAGAACCUGCCUUCGACGUCAGACUGUCUGUGCACUCAACCACAGGAGUAGCGACAUACGCCUUCGUCCUUCCUCCCGAUAUUGAUCCCAGCUAUCCACUCGGGUAUGGUGGUGUCAUCAACGUCCCACAGUUUGCAAGUUUUGCUGACACUGCCGUGGGCUCGUCAACUCCAGCUACCUCGCCAAUCGGUCCUACUUCGAUGGCUUCCUCCUCGCCAUCAACGGUACCUCCAAACAGCUCUGGCGCGACCGCCGCCCUUUCUGGAGGCAUCCCGGCGGCAAGGACAGCCGUCUUACAAGUUGCAAGAUCCAUUAUCGAGAACCUAGAAUCAACCAAUGCGACUCUUAUUGUCCCGAACACCACUACCACUACUACCACUACUGCUAUCGUCGCUUCUGCUGGACACGAAGCGGCGGUUGCGGAUGAUGUAGUUCCGUCGUCUGGGUCGAGCACAGACCCAGUCUCUCCUCACCUUGAUGAUAAUGGUGGUAACGGUGGUUCAUCCUCGGAUUUGGAUUCGAGUUCGAAUCGGUCUUCUGCGGGACAGGACGGCGGUGAGGGUCGUGAGAAGCGUCGACGUGUUGGUGGUCGUGACGAGGACUCGUCGAUUGUGCACGAUGUGGCUCUACUGGCAGUAUCCUCAAUCCUAUGGGGAAGCAUGUUUUGGAUGAUGUUCUCGGAGGACGGCCGGCGGUUCAUGGAGAAGUUUGGGCCAUUUGUCUGGACGCAUUUGCGCGCGUUGUAUCCUGGACAGUUUCAGUUUGGUGCUCCACCCCCACCCCCACCAACUCCUCCACCUCCACCUCCAGCCCCUCCUGCAAUGUAG